AUGUCUGGCAACCAGUUUCAACCUUUGGCUGCUCAUCUCCACCAGCAGCAGCAAACACCAACGCCCCGGAGGCAGUCCAAUGCCCUGGGUUCUAGCUCGACGGCACCACCACCCGUGACACCUGGGAAUGCGAAUGGUAAUGACCAGAACGGACAGCAUAAGCCUCGACGGCGAAAGAACCACCGCGGCGGACAAAAGAAGCGCAACCGCCGCAAGUCCUUCGCUGUCUUGCCCGAAGAGUCGCACGACGAAGCUCAGGAGCACUCGACUGACAGAGACGACUUCUACCUUCAUCGCUCUAAUCUGAGCAACACCAGCAUUGAGAGCGAGGCGCUCCUGGAUCACAGAGAGCAGCAACCGCUCCGAAUUCGACGGCCUUCUAUCAUGACGCCUUCCGGUCCGUACCCGACUGCGACACCGCAGACGAGCAGCCGGCUGCGCAACGCCUACGUCGGUGAAAGCGGAGAGGAUGGAGAGCAGUCGUGGGAUGAGGGCGCUCCGCUCUUGUCCAGGUCAAUCCAGCGCACCGCAACAGCUCCUGUAUUCUCCGGAUAUGGCUCGAGCGACCCUCGCCAGCGCGUAAGCCGUCGCGGUUCCAGCAGAUCCUCUCGAACGAAGCUUGCGCCGUCUUUCCCUGGCGACAGCUACAACGUCAACUAUCCUCCUUCCAUGCCCGGGUCGCCGCAAUUCCGACCCUCCGACCCGUUGAAUCUGAGCUUCGGCGACGUUAUGAUCCACGAUGACGAGAUCAACAUUCAAGUAUCGCCCCGCGGAAGUCGCAGGAACAGUCAUGCCUCGCACUCGGACCACGAAUCUCGAAUGGAGCAGUCGCCGGAUUUGGCGCGGAGGAACACAAUCGCCUUGACCGCUCAGGAGGACGUCUGUUUCCCGAGUGGGAUAUCCGAGAUCGGAGAGGAGGAAAUGCACUCCUCUCAGGACCCGACGGCCAAGCCUAGGCCCAGGCGACGUCGUCGCCGCUGGCCUGAUCUGUCUAUCCUCGAGGAAUGGAGCAGAUUUGAGAAGGAGGGACGUUCUGAUGAACGACGGGUCAAGCGAAUUACAGAGCCUCAGCUCAUUAACGGACGUCUGCGUCCCGUCACUCGAGAAUGGUACCGCUCAGAGGAAGAGUCGCCUUACCGAUUCACAUACUUCAACGAGGAGUUCCAAAGCACCAUUCACAGCCAGACUAUCUCAGAACUCGUGCAGCCGGGCGGAAACUUCCAAGAGCUGUUCAUCCCUGAACCCCGCCUUCUCUCCGACGACGAGAGUGAGGACAGUGACGAAGACGGCGAUCAUGUGCCAUUAUCCCAUGCCACUACUCAGCACUCACACAGUGGCCAGAAUGGAGAUUCCCGAGCGCCGACUCGACAGCCAUCUCUUGCCAGCACUCAGCCAAUUCAUGGCCAUAUAUCACCGGAAAAGACGUCUGGUGGCAGUUCACGAGCUGGAUCCCUUCACCGUACACCCACCGGGGUGAGGUCGCCGGUCGUGGGCAAUCAGACCACUCAAACCCCAGAACUGCUCGUCAAGACCCCUAAGUACGGUGAGCGACCAGUAUGGUGGCUCGACGUGCUCAGCCCGACCGAGGCAGAGAUGAAGGUACUAUCCAAGGCGUUCGGUAUUCACCCGCUUACCGCCGAAGAUAUCAUGGUUCAGGAGGCUCGAGAGAAAGUGGAGCUAUUCCGACACUACUACUUCGUCAACUACCGAUCUUUCGAUCAAGACCAGAACAGCGAGGAUUACUUGGAGCCUGUCAACAUGUAUGUCAUUGUGUUCCGUGAGGGCGUCAUCAGCUUUCACUUCUCCAUGACACCACACCCUGCCAACGUACGCCGAAGAAUUCGCCAGCUGAAGGACUAUCUCAUCGUCAACUCCGAUUGGAUUUCCUACGCCAUUAUUGACGAUAUUACCGACGUUUUUGUUCCCUUGAUUCAGAACAUCGAAGAUGAGGUCGACGACAUUGAUGAUGCUAUUCUGAGACUCCACUCUCAUUCCGAGGAUUCCAAGGAUGGUCACUUCGACGAGAAGGCUAGCAGCGCUGCGACUACAAUUGGAUCCGAAGGAGACAUGCUUCGACGUGUGGGCGACUGCCGUAAGCGUGUCAUGAGUCUUUACCGCUUGCUUGGCAACAAGGCAGAUGUCAUCAAGGGCUUCGCGAAGCGCUGCAAUGAGCGCUGGGAAGUCGCUCCAAGGUCUGACAUCGGACUGUAUCUGGGCGAUAUCCAAGAUCAUAUUGUGACAAUGACAUCUAAUCUCAGUCACUACGAGAAGAUUUUGGCCCGGUCUCAUGGCAACUACCUCGCGCAAAUUAACAUCCGCAUGAAUGAACGGCAGGAGCAGACGGCUGAUGUCCUCGGCAAGCUGACUGUCUUGGGUACUAUUGUGUUGCCCAUGAACAUUAUCACUGGUCUCUGGGGUAUGAACGUUUGGGUCCCUGGUCAGGAGUACGAGGGUGACCUGAAAUGGUUCUGGGCUAUCACGGCAGGCCUACUGGCAUUCGGCCUGGCGUGUUACAUGAUUGCGAAGCGGGUUUACAAUAUUGUAUAG